AAUGCUCCUCUAUUAUCUCUAUAUAAAGCCUCCUUUCUUCUCACAUUGUUCUUCAUCACACCCUCUUAAACUCGAAGAAACCAAAACCCUCGUGAGUGUUCUCAAGCUAUAUCCCAAGAUGACGAUCAUAGAAAUGAGAGUUCAUAUGGACUGCGCUGGCUGUGAAACCAAGAUUAAGAAGGCUCUUCAGAAACUAGAUGGAGUGGAUGACAUAGAUAUAAACAUGGCCAUGCAAAAGGUGACAGUGAUGGGUUGGGCAGACCAGAAGAAGAUUCUUAAAGCAGUGAGGAAGACAGGAAGAAGAGCUGAGCUAUGGCCAUAUCCUUAUAAUCCUGAAUACUAUAAUUUCAAUCAGCAGUACUAUUAUCAGCAGCAACAAGGAACUCAACCUGCUGAAGCAAUCACCUAUUAUGCACCUCAGUACUCCACCUCCUCCUACAACUAUCGCAAGCACGGCUACAGUAACGAGGACUAUGGCUAUUAUCAAAAGCCACCUUAUUCAGUUGUUGACGAACAGACAAGUGCCUUGUUCAGUGAUGAAAAUCCCCAUGCUUGCUCCAUAAUGUAAUAUGAUCGAAGGUGGUGUUUUCAGUGGAAUUUCAAAGGCAUAGACCCUUGUAUGUAUAGCUAAGAUAGAAAAAGCAAGAGUUUUUGUGAAUCUAAUGUAUGUAAUCGUGACAUUUUCUUUGAAAGAUUCGGGUUAGGCCAGCCGUUCAAAAAUAUAUAUAUUGUAAUUUAUGAAAAUUCAUUGGGUUUCAAAAAUUGAAAAAUCAUCCUAUGUAAUAAUCAAUUUACAAAGGCAUUAUGAUCUUUUUUCUGUAUAAUUAUAAGCAAAAAGAAUCAAAUUAAUGUUAUGAGAAA